UGUUGUCAAGUAGAUUAUUGCGAUAGUAGCAGCUAGCCUGUGGAGACUCACCAUGUACCGUGGUAAAAUGUUGUCGUCACAUGUGGUGUUGUUGAUGUUGUUGUUGUGUCUCAGCUACGGUAGGGGGUUGUCAAUUCCUGUCACACCAUCACCACAACCCACAGACUGUGAGGGUCUGACGAACCCGGGGUUAAAUGACCCAUGCCAGACAUGCACAUGUGUGGACGGUCAGUUCGAGUGUAUGGUAAUGUGUUGUGCGGCACCUGAGUGUGUGGACAGUGUUAAAUCGCCUGGAGCUUGCUGUCCAUACUGCCCCAAUGGUCCCAACUGUAGAAUAGAGGGCGAGAUAGUUUCAGCUUCCAGCACGGUUACCGUCCCUGGCAAAGGACAAUGUAUGUGUGGUCCUCCCGGUGAUGGGGGACCUGAACAAUUUUGUUUCAACUAGCCUCACCCAG